AGUUUGCAAACGUAUUCGCAAAAAAUAACAUGUUAGAACCGGUGUUUGUGUUCGCUGAAUCAUAUGAAAACAAGAUAGGAUUGGACUCAGGAUUUUUGCAUUACGUCAUUUGUUGCCAAUACAAAAACAGACUGUCGAGUUGCGACGAUGCUCACUCGUCCUGUGCACUUGAUUCACAAAUGUUCUCUCAUAAACAUCGGAAAACUUAAUAAAAUUACAGAGUGUUUACAAUAAUAAAUAUUUAAGUAUUUGGCAGUACCGAAUCUAAGCAUUUCACAGGCAAGCAAGAGAGGCAAAUUGAGACUCUUGGAAUUCAUAUAUACUCAUCAAUAAGAUGUCUCAAAGUUCUCAUCCCGCUUGUUCGUAAAGGCGACUAUAUAUACAAGUCUCAUCACAAUGGUUCGAGUGGGGGCAAAACGACGCCUUGACUUCGACAAGGCUAACGAUGCUCCCAAACCGAGUAAAUCCCCUCUUGGCAAAAGAAAGCAAUCGUCCAGCAAUGUCGCGAAAAAUUCUGACUCGAGUCGGUCCUCCAAAAGAUCCAGGAUCACUUAUCAAACACCGGAAUCAAUCACUAAAGUGCUGAAAGCAAUUUCAACAGCAAAGUCGAAUCACCAAAAAACCAACACGAAUAAAUCACCAAAAUCCGCACCUCCAUCUGUCAAGUCAAGUAUUGUCAAGCCAAAUACCAAUAAAAAAUCCAUGAAAAGAAUUUCUCCCAAGAGUAAAACAGUUACAAAAGCAAAAUCAAAACCUGCGUCAAAAAUAAUUAAAAAAUCCAUUAAUUCGAAGGUGACAAAAGUAUUAACCGUGAAAAGUAAAAGUAAAAGAGCUCCAACCUCCAAGGCACCGAACAAAUCAAAAUCCGACAAAGUCAAGAAAAUAUUAACAGCUAAUAAAGUAAAAAGUAGUAAGAAGCUCAAAAAUGAGACACCAACAAAUAAUGACCAACAACUUGUGGGUAGCAAGAAACGCAAAUCCAAAAAAGAAGCACUUAAUCCAAAUACCAAUGUUUCCGAAUAUAAAAAUGAUCCCACUUUCCAGUCCAACCUGGAAAUCCCUUAUAUUUCCACUCUUGCCCACUCCCGAUUGGUUUUUCGGGCUGUCAUGAUGAAUGACUGUAAAUUGCUAAAAACACUCGUAACCACCGAUGCAUCGCAAAUAUAUUCAUUAUGCCUGCCUCGUUUUCCCGUCGGCGAUGAUUCGAAUGCACUGGACAUUGCAAUUAAACUGCAAAACAAGAACGUGAUUAAGAUGCUGCUAGAACUCGACCCUUCGGUGGAGAAGAAAUUUGGUCCCAGUCCAGAUCUCCUCAUCCACACCGAGUCAACGGGACAUGGGUCAAGAAUGAUGUUUGGACAUGGCCUCAGAGCUGUCACCGUUGGUCGUGGUGGCAAAGAAGGUCACGCCGCGCUACUCAAGGACGACAGCACUUACAACAUUCAGACUAAAAUUCCAAACAAGAGCGACUUUGCAGGACACGUUGUUCGAGGAAUUGAAGAAGGUUUGCCGUAUUCCAUGGUGGAAUUUUUACUCUCAAUUAAUAAAGAUAAGGGGUCUUCAAUCAUGAAUGAGCUCCUCAACAAAAUUGAUACCAUUGUAAGACAUGGGAAUAUUGAGGUCGCUGGUAAACUUGCAGCCAAUGCUCUGAAACAUGGUGGUUUUGGCUUUAAUUUCCUUCAUGUCGAAUCAUUGACCCACAGUACCGAGCCGUUUUCAGAUUUCAAACCGGUAUCGGUCGUCAAGAAGAGUAUGUUCGGUUCCAGAUUUACUCCGAUUCAUUGUGCCGCAAUUAACCCAAAUCCUGAAUAUUUGAAAACACUUCUGCAUUCCAAGCCAGAGUAUGGCAUAGUCGAUCGACAAAACUGGACGCCAGUACAUUAUGCUGCAGUCUGUGUCGGAGAUGGACCAUUGAAGCUCUUGCUCGCCAGUGGUGUGUCAACUAUGGUGACUGAAAAGGAUGGCAACACCCCCCUCCAUCUGGCUGUGUCACGACGAAGACUUCACAACGUUAAAGCACUUUUGGCACAUGAACUGCAAAGUGCGAGCAAUAUGGAUGAUUCGGCCACAACAAGCGGUGCAAGAGUCCAAGCAACUUCCUCCUUGGAGAAAGUCAACAGAAAUGGAAUGCGAGCUUUGCACAUUGCUGCAAAAAGUGGCCAUUUGGAAAUUGUAAAAGCCCUUCUACAAGCCAAUGCUGACCCAGAAAAACCCACUCCUGCACAGCAUGACAAGAUGACGGCGUUGAUGCUGGCUUGCCUGUAUGGACAUCUUGAUGUGGUAAAACUACUCGUGAAUCAUGGGGUGAAAGUCGCAGUAACGGACAGACGAGGCAGAACCUGUAUAUUUCAUGCUGUUAUCAAUGGACAUGCUCACAUCUUAUCUUAUCUUCUUCGACUUGGUGUGAAUCAUCAAGUCCAAGAUUCCAGCGGUAAUUCUUUGGCACAUUAUGCUGCUGCCUAUGGAUGGUUCUUUGCCCUCAAAUUGCUCCUUGAAGCUGGUUGUGAUGUGGCGAAAGGCAACGACUGGAAGUUGACCCCUCUUGCUAUUGCAUUCAUGAAAGGCCACGUCGGAAUUGUGGAACUUCUAGUGAAGGAGCCCGGUGUCGAAGUCAACACGCCAGUCGAUGGGGACAGUGGAAUGACACUGCUACUGAAGGCCUGUUCGUCUACCACAAUGAAAUCAAGUCUAAUUCCUCGCCUAAAAUUCUUGAUUGAAGAACUUCGUGCCGACUGUACAACGCCAGAUUUUAAAAAUAAUAAUGCGUUACAUCACUUGGCUGGCCUCACAUUACGCAAAGAAUGGGAAGAUUUUUCAAUGAUGUUCAAUAAUUUGUCUCAAGCCGCGACGUUCCUAAUUGACCGAGGAUGUAACCUAAAUGCUGUCAACCUCAAAAACGAGUCCCCCCUAAUGAUUGCUUGCGCCAACAGAAACUACUGGUUAGCGGAAAAAUUCCUCGAUUCGGGUGUCAAGUUGAACACUUUAGUUGACUCGGGAGAUGAAGAUACCAUACUGCACAAGCUAGUUGGAAGCGUCAAGUCCCAAUACGUUCAACAUUUGUAUGAAAAACUGGCAAAAGAUGCAGAUAACCUGAAAGCCUUAAAAACAAUGGCACAAAUGAAAAACAAGGAAGGUCUAACCCCUCUUUUCAAAAUAUUUACCGAUAACAACACGACAACAGAUGCAAAUGAAGUGAAAAACAUUUGUAAUUUUGUCAGUUUUCUUGUAAAGAAAUUGGAUUCUGACGUAAAUGCAGUACGCAUGCAAAACAAGGUUCAAACCUCCAUGCUCCACUCUGUCGUGUGCACCAGUUAUGCCACACAAGUAUUAUCGAUUCUCCAAUUAAGGAAGCUAGAUUUGGACCCACUCGAUACUAAUUUUCGAACCCCACUUGCCACCCUAAUUGUUAACAAGAAGAAUAGUUCAUCAAUUCAAGUGAUAAGCUAUUUGAUCAAUGCCGGGGCAAAUAUCAACUUUAAAUCAAAAUCGGACGAUUCACUUAGUUUGCUCCUCCUACUGGCUAUGCAUCAACCCAGAAUGUUCAGCUUAAUUCCACAAAUGUUGGAAAAGGGAGGUGAUUUUCGAGAGGUUGAUCCUGAAAAGGGAAACUCAACAUUACACUUUGUGGCUCAAAAUCCAAAAGAAACUGGGGCCUUGGAAGCUGUCGUUGCACUUAUCAAAUCCGGUUCAAACGUAAACUUGGCGAACAAAGAUGGACGGACGCCGCUUCAUUUGGUGGUUAAUUCAAGAGGCAAUGAAACGGAUGUGGCUUACGACAUUGAAGAUGCGCUUCUCACAGCAGGAGCCGAUUUGCGUCUUAGGGACAUCCGACAUCGAACAUCUCUCCAUUACGCCUUCGUGAAAGUUGGUAAACCGCUGGAGAAAUCUAACUUGGACCCGAUUGAGCUGGUCAUGAUUCUUCUAAACUCAAUCAAAGGAACAAACAAGAGAGAAUUUGUGAAAAUAUCCGACAAAUUUGGAGCGACGCCUUUGCAUUAUGCUGCGAUGAGGGGUGCCACAAUUUGCUGUUCUUACUUUAGUUCAGAAAUGAAGGACAAUAUGGACAUCAAAGACUUGCGAGGAAAUACUCCUUUCGGUCUGGCAGUCUGGUGCGGCCACGAAGGAAGUGCACUACACUUUCAACAACAGGGAGCAGAUUUCUUACAAAUACUUGAUACAAAUAUUCAAAUUAUAAAGGAGCCUGGAAUUAUGGAUAAUGCGGAUGAUGAUAAGAAUAAUUCAGAGUCGGAUGAUAAUUCGAGCAAUAAUGACAGUGGCAGCGACAACUCGGACGAUAACAGUGAGGAAAAUAUGUCCACUUCAAGAGAACGAAAUUUCAAAGGAAUUUCAAUUGAACCACCCGAGGAAACACGGUGGAUUUGGUCCCACAGAGCCAAACAAGAUGAUGAAAUCCGAAGAAUGAAAACGGAGGCCAUGAAAUAUCCAAUAUUCCAAGAAGUUGUCAAAAGAGAGUGGCAAGGAAUUCUUCAUUUAAUGAUUGCUAAGCUUCAAUCAUCCGGUGCCAACAUAUCAAUUCCGGUGUCGACUGCAAUCAAAACCCAAAAAUUACGUUUAGCAUUGAAGCUCGUUCAUCGUGUGAAAGAUGUGAAAGAACUAGAGCAAAAUCAAGAAACCUUAUUGCACACUUUGGCAAAGCACUCCAAAGCUGGUGAACAGAGUGAGCUCCAAGUGCAGCUAUUAAACUUAUUAGUUGAAAAAGGCGUGGAUCCGAAACAGGGCGACAGUCUCAACUGCAACGCCAUUAGUUAUGCAGCAAUGAAUCAAAAUCAUGCACAAGUGGCAGCAUUGGAAAAGGUUGGUAUCACAGCACAAAGUAUUCCUUACUUGCCUCGUGACCACUUGGGUCGAACCCCAUUUUCCGCUCUGUUUUGGAAAUUUAACGAGUUUCUUAACAUUCCUCAUGAAUUGACCCUCUGGGCAGCCUCCCUUUUGGCUAAUGGGGCUGUUUCAGCCAAUGCUUUGACCCAGUAUCCAUUUGUUUUAUCGCCGUAUCCUGGAGUGAGAUGCCUGGUAAAAUAUCAUCAUCCUGAUCAAGAUUCUAAAUCAUUUCCACUCUAUUCCCCGUUAAUAGUUGCCGUCAUUCAUGGGCGAUACAACGUAGUAAGCUGGCUUUGGCGAUUAAAGUCGAGCGUCAGUUUUAAUUUCGGUGAUGAUCAAGGUCGUACAGCAAUGAUGCAUGCAAUUCGAUUAAAUGAUUUGAAAAUGGUAAAACUUCUCCUCAACCCACAUUCGUACAAUUCAGAGUUGGAUAUUGACCCAUGGAACACCAACUAUUCAAAUUGGGUCAGGGGAAAGUCUUCAGAAUUGAACCUUGAUGUUCAAGAUAAACGUGGUUGGACUGCCGUGGAUUAUUUGGUAUGCCCAUCUGUAGGAGACAGCCCACAAGAAAGUUAUUAUUAUGCUAAUGUGGAGCAAGUCUUGCUAAUUUUACACAAAGCUGGUGCUACUUUCACAAAAAAAUCUGGAGAUGGAAAAUCGCCACUAGAAAGAGCUGCUGAGCUCAAAAAGACCCACGUCGUCAAUGCCAUGUACAAAAUAUUGAAAACUCCUCAAGCACAACAACUCUCGUGUCCAGAAGAUUACGGCACGGUCGUCACAAUUCAAACGAACUGCAGUUUUGAUCCACCAAUCAAAGAUUUUAUGAACAAGGCUAAGCAGAUAUCAUUGGACAAAGAGGCUAAAAUGCCACAGAAAGAAUUGAAAGUGCUACCAGAUCCACUGUUGGAGAUGGAGGAAGAUAACUCGGAGGUAGUUCUUGACCCCGUUCAAGACACUCUGUUCGACUGCGUUCUCACGAAUGUGGAUUUAUCCUACGGAAUGUACGGUCUAUACAACUUUUAUAAGAUGCAGGUCGUUAAACAACCCCGUGGGAAGCAGUUGGUUGUCUUGUUCACACAAUGGGGACGAGUCGGAACGGAAGGUCAAUACCAAAAAACACCAUUUCCAUCGGAAGAAGAAGCAAUCAAGGAGUUUAAGAAAAUUUUCAAAGCGAAAAGUGGCAACAAUUGGGACGACGGUAAAAAUAAUUUUAAGCCUAUUCCGAAACGCUACCGUCUCGUCCACAAGGACAUAAAAGCGAAAAGACCAGCCGAGCUCACAGUCGAUUUUGAAAAAUUGGAAGAGAGUGAAAAAUCAAAUCCCUCAAAGUUGAACGCUGAAGUGUACAAAAUUAUUAGAAGCUUUACAAUGGUUCACAAAAUGGAAAUGAGCUCCAACCAUUACCAAAGUUAUCGAAAUGUUCAAACCUCGCUGGAAGUAUCAAAAUCCCUUCCCAUUAUUUCAACCGAAGCAUUACACAAGGCAAAUGAAGUACUUAAUCGUAUUAAGGUGAUCUUGGCAGAAAAACAGCAAAUGCAGUAUAACCACUCUACUGAAAACUAUACAGAAGAGCAGCGUCUCAAAAUUUUUGAACAAUUGAUCGCAGCUAGUGAAGAAUUUUAUGCCUUGGUUCCAGUUUACGGAUUUGCUUCCGAAGCUUUGCAACCAAUCUUCGAAUUGUCAAAUCUACACGAACGCCAGGAAGAAAUAUACAGCUUGAUUCACCUCGGUUUUGCCAAGGAACUAAUUUUAGCAGCAGAAUAUAGUUCCCCGACCACAAAUCCAAUAGAGUACAUUUACCAAUGUUUAGGAACAAAAUUGGCACCACUGGACAUGGCCCAGAAAUCAGAACAUUUUGAAGCACAAUUAAUCCUUCAGUAUAUUCACAAUACAUCCCCCAAAACUAAAGUUGAAGGGAUUUAUCGAAUCCAAGGAGCAGAGAAGCAUGAGAUCACUGUUAGAAAUCGAUGGCUCUUGUGGCAUGGAACUAAAAAGGAAAACAUACUUUCGAUUUUACACUCUGGUCUUCAAAUUGCACCACUGGGUGUGGAUCGCAUGGGAGAAUUAUUUGGCAAAGGAAUAUAUUUUGCCGAUACAUUUGCAAAGAGUGAGGGCUACACUAGUAGCUACGACCACCAUCAACAAAAAUCAUCAAAGUUCAUCUUUCUCUGUGAAGUUGCGUUGGGUAAGAUAAAAGACGUCAGGAUAAACAGCACCGAUGUCAGCAAUCAUAUUCCAGGGACAGAAAGGUCACUACAGAAGGGUUUCGACAGUUCAAAAACUGCAGAUUCAAGAUUCAUACCUGAUCCUGGUGCUACAGUUUUCUGGAAUGGAAAAUCCAUUCCUUUGGGAUCCUCGGUUGAACAAGUAUUUCCUAAAAAUCAGUAUUAUGGAUUAAACUACAAUGAAUAUAUCAUUUUCAAUCCUAAGCAAGUUAAACUGCGGUACUUGGUUCAAUUCACCAAUUGAGAAUAAGUUUUGCAGAGGAAUUACACAAACUUUAUUUUAAUCUAACUACAUUAACCUUAUUCAACGAUUAAUCUAUCAGGUUGUAGUCUUCUUGCCGUAAUCUGUUGAACAUUAAUAAAAUACAUGUAGUCCAUUCCAUGA